AUGGCCACUUCUGUUAAUGUGGAUGAAAUGAAAUGGUUCCAUACCAUUGACAGAGACAUAUUCGCUGUUCUAGUGAUCAACCUGGGCCGGGAUAUUGCAGAGUCUAUGAGGAUAGUUGGGUUAUGGUUGUGGCUUGAAGAGAUGGGAUAUCCUAAUAUCAUUCUCCCAAUGCUCUCAUGCUCCGACACAUUCAUCCAAACGGUGGCAAGAGAAGCUGUCAUAUGCUUGAAUUUUAUAGACAGAGGUGAAUUACCGGCAAGCGAGGAGAUCCCUGCCACUAGGAAUCUCAUGAAUAGAAACAUUUCACUCUCAUUCUUUCGGGACAAUAGGGUCUCAGCUGUUAUUAAGAUCUCUCGGUUUAUCUCUGAGAUUGGUCACAAAGCAUUUGAUGAUAUUGUGGAAAGAGCGGUUAAGCACCGGGCUAGUGGUAUGGGUUCUCAUGGUAGGCUUAGGCCCACUGGGUCAAAUAUUGUGAUGGGUGGCCCAGGGUCUGCAUUCAGGCCCUACGUAAGAGAGAGACAAGAAACUGGUGUUAGACAUUUGACCCCCGGUGCAUCAUCUAGUUCUGGUCCUCCUCAGAGGAGUGAGGUCCCAUUAGGUCUCUCACCAGACCAGAGGACCUUAUUUAUAACCUUCUCUAGGGGGUACCCUAUUUCAGAAAGGGAACUCCGGGACUUUUUCAACAUGAAGUGUGGAGGAGAGUGUGUAGAGGCAAUCUAUUUCCAGGAAGUGUUUCCAUAUGGACAACCCUUGUUUGCUAGAGUGAUUUUUAGAUCAUAUGGGACAUUGACAACUAUUCUCGAGGGAAUGGAUGAAGAGGGAAAAGUGAAGCUGUGGAUAAAUGGCAAGCAUGCUCGUGCCCGGAAAUAUAUUCCCAGGAGAGAGAAUUAG